CCCAGCGAAACCCUCCCACUCGCGACCCGCCUGGGGCGCCGGAAGACCCAGCGCGCUUGCGCGGCCAUUUCGAGCAUGCUCAGUUGCGCGCGCCAGGGCCGCGGCGUCUCCGAUCUUCUCCACGGAUCCGCCGCGGACGCGACAGGAAGUGAAGCGGCUCCGCUGGGCGACAGCGGCGGCAGCAACAGAGGCGGAAGGAGCGCUGCGGCAGCGGCGACGACGACAUCGAUCGGGGUGGCUGAGGACGCCGACCGCCAAGGAGACUUGCCCGCUCGGAAGCCGGAUCCCGAGUCGGGCAGGAUGGACCUUCACCAGUCAGGCACUAGCCGCUAUCAAGUGCUUCACAAUGAAGAGGAUAAUUCAGAAUCAUCUGCUAUAGAGCAGCCAUCAGCUUCAAACCUAGCACCACAGAUUGUACAGACAGCUCCUUUAGCACCAGGCCUUGAAACUGACUCUUCUCCUCCACCUUAUAGUAGUAUUACUGUGGAAGUACCUACAACUUCAGAUGCAGAAGUUUACAAUGAGUUUUAUCCUGUGCCACCUCCCUACAGUGUUGCUACCUCUCUUCCUACAUACGAUGAAGCUGAGAAGGCUAAAGCUGCUGCAAUGGCAGCUGCAGCAACAGAAACAUCUCAAAGAAUUCAGGAGGAAGAAUGUCCACCAAGAGAUGACUUUAAUGAUGCAGACCAGCUUAGAGUGGGUAAUGAUGGCAUUUUCAUGCUGGCGUUUUUCAUGGCAUUUAUUUUCAACUGGCUUGGAUUUUGUUUAUCCUUCUGUAUAACCAAUACCAUAGCUGGAAGGUAUGGUGCUAUCUGUGGAUUUGGCCUUUCAUUGAUCAAAUGGAUCCUUAUUGUCAGGUUUUCUGAUUACUUUACUGGAUAUUUCAAUGGACAGUAUUGGCUUUGGUGGAUAUUUCUUGUACUUGGACUUCUCCUUUUCUUCAGAGGAUUUGUUAAUUAUCUAAAAGUCAGAAAUAUGUCUGAAAGUAUGGCAGCUGCCCAUAGAACAAGAUAUUUCUUCUUAUUAUAGAGACUGCAGCGACCAGACAUUCCUUUCCUAUACCAAUGUGAAAUUUCCAGAUGAUCUGUAAGCCUACAAUAGGAUAGAAGACUACUAACAAUAGAAGACAAAUUAGUGAAGAAAAGAUACAGUUUCAAAAUUGAAUGCAGGAUGGUUUAUGCCUAAAAGCCAUUUCUGUUCAGUCUCUUAAAUAUUUGUAUUUCAUUUGUUUUGCAUAUUUGCAUAUGUGCCCAUUUAAAAGAUUUGCGUAUACUUGAAAGAAACCUUAAAGUUGGUUACAGUAAUGUCCAGUCACAUUUGGUUAAUCAGUGUUUUAUACAAUUAAAGAAUUUGAGUGAUAACAGUCUUCCAGCAUGUGAGUGCCACUGACUUUUGACCUGACGUUUAGUAUAAUGAAACUGAAAUUAUUACCAUGUCAAAUGCUUUAGUGUCUGGCUCUUGGAUUCAUCUAGUAACUGCACAUAAAACAUUCUUUGUUAUAUAUAAAGUCUUUUGAAACCUGCAGUGCAGAUUAUUAGAUAGGUUUUGUCACAUUUUUGACCAUGAUAUUUACAUUAUUCAGUAAAACUCUUUCUGUAAAUAACCAUGCAUAAAUUACUUUCUGCAUUGUUUUCUUAGAAAUUGUGUCUAGAUAUCUUUUCAUUAAUUUUAAAUUAAAUGAACUUAAUAUAUAUAUAGAAAAUUUGGAUGUUAAAGAUAUAGAUUGUUUCAGGACAAAUUUUAAGAAAAUGUGAGUGUACUAAAUGUCAUUUAUAAAAAAAAAAUCUUUUUUUUUUUUUAAGGGGUACACCAGUUUUAAGAAUUCCCAAAUGAGGAAAUUGGUUUUUAGCAAUGCCCAUCUUAUAUAGAUCCUUGUAGGAAGAGAUUGUAUUAGAUAUUAUAUUUAUUUCAUUUAAGUUUUGAAAAUUGGUUUUCUGAAUAAGUUAUUCUCAUUUGCAUUUGUCUUUUAAAAAGCCAAUAAAAGUAUCUUUCAAUGUCAUUGUAAUAAUUUUUUCUUUAGGUGUUUAAGUUAAGCUUAGCAAAUAAAAACUUGUGUUAUUAAGAGCUUCUUGCUUUAUGGUAGUAUGAAUAACUUGUAGAAAUCAUAUCCUCAAUUGAGAGAUGGAAAAUAUCUGUUUUCAAACUAUGGAAAUGUGUGUGUUUGUAGAUAAUGUGGGUGGGAUGUGUAAGUGUGUUGAGAGAAAGAGUGUGUGUAGGAGGAGAGAUUAAAAAUAGACCAUAGUAACCAUUAUUACAACUGGAAUCUGCUUUACAUUCAUCAGCUACUACAUUUCACAUCAUGCAGAUCAUUUUGUAUCUCACCUGUUUUUUCUUUUUAGUUAUCUCUUUGCUUUUGAAUGCCAACAUAAAAAAAGAUGGGAAUUAUAUCUUUUAAACUUAAAAAUCAUUUAAUACAACUAUAUAGAACAUAUAAAAUUGGUUGCUUAUUCAUCAUUAAAUACUGACUACUAAAAGGUACAUUCAACUAUUCAGGGACAUUUUUCCAUUUUGAAAAAAAUAAAAUUUAUUCUUUAUAACA